AUGUUUAAUAAUACGUUUCAAAGCGGCUUCUUGUCCAUUUUGUACAGCAUCGGAAGCAAACCUCUACACCACUGGGAUAAACAGGUGAGAAAUGGACAUAUAAAGCGCGUUACAGACAACGACAUCCAGUCACUGGUGCUGGAGGUGGAGGGAACCAAUGUCAGCACGACCUACAUCACAUGCCCGGCAGAUCCAAACAAAACCCUAGGCAUCAGACUUCCCAUCAUGGUCAUGAUCAUCAAGAAUCUGAAGAAAUAUUUUACAUUUGAAAUCCAGGUGUUGGAUGAUAAAAACGUGCGGCGGAGAUUCCGAGCCAGCGACUACCAUAUCACCACACGGGUGAAGCCCUUCAUCUGCACCAUGCCCAUGCGCCUGGAAGAAGGAUGGAACCAGAUCCAGUUCAACAUGUCCGACUUCACACGUAGAGCUUAUGGCACCAACUACGUCGAGACGCUGCGAGUGCAGAUUCACGCAAACUGUCGCAUAAGAAGAGUGUACUUUUCUGACAGGCUGUACUCGGACGACGAGCUGCCGGCCGAGUUUAAACUCUAUUUGUCGGCACAAAACAAAGCAAAACAAUAA